AUGCUGGCAGUCAACUGCAAACCACGCGAGAUCUUCGAGGUGAUCGAGGGCAUGGAGUUUCACCAGCUUGCAUUCCCAGAGCUGGGCUCCUUGUCCCGCAUCCUCGGGACUCUGGUGCAAGGGUUGCUGAGGGUUACCAUCGGCAAUCAUGCGGCCGAGGUGGUGGAGUGCCUUGUUGCAGAUGCCACUGGGCCUGGCUUCAACAGCGGCCUUCGCCUGGAGGAGAUGAUUGGCAAGGAGCUUCAAAAGAAAUGUGGUAACAGAGACAUCACGCUUGCGGGCGUGAAGCAAAGAUUUGGCAAGAGGCUGAUCAUCUUGGCUUGUGAACUGGACUCUGGUCACGAGAGAAGGUUUACGCCAGAAACUGAUCCCGAUCUGCCGGUUCGGGUUGCUGUGCGCAUGUCCAUGGGGGUGCCGGGGCUGAUGGAGCCCUUCAGAUACAAAGGCCACGUCUACUGCGAUGGUGGCAUGUGCAACGACUUUCCGGUGGAUGCUCUGCCGGAAGACUCCAAGCGCAUGGGGUUGAUGGUGCGACCGGUUGAUUGGAUCCGCCACCAUGUCCCAGGCCUAAGCUCGAUCAUCCCCGAUGAGAAACUGGAGAAGUAUGAAAAGGUCAUGGCUCAUCUCAAGAUGAAGUCGGAAGAGAGCCCGACACUUUUUUCGGUGAAGACGGUCCUGGACCUCGCCUUGACCUCGGUGAACAUCAUGAUGGAUGCCAACCUCGUCCUUCAGAUUGAGGCUGCCACCGCCAAGAAAGGCUUCAGGCAAAGCUCUGGCAUCUCUGGCCUCGCGCCCGAGAUCCUCACGCUGUGCGGAGGCAGAUAUGACCCCUUCGACUUCAAUCUAACGAAAGACCAGCAUCGGGAGCUGUACUUGGCCGGCCAGCUCAGUACCCACCUGCACGCAUCUAUCGUGGAUGGAAGCUCUCAAGUACUCAACGACGAGGGAAAGCUGAAGACCAUGUUGUACAUGCUGCAUAUGGAUUAUCCGAAGCCGCCGUGA